AUGGUUAAACUACCAUACUUCGAACUGACACCAUGGAUUGAAGACCAUAAGCUAAAAUGCAAGCACUAUCUUGCUGGCAGCGCCACUCCUUUCUUGUCGAUUGAAGACCUGAUAUCGUUGUCGUCUGAUCCUCAGGCCACUGAAAUGGCUCUUAAUUUCCGGAGUCUUAAGUUAGGUGGUGAUUUCCUCCGCGGUAAUCUAAGUGUACGCUCCGCUAUUGCUGCGUUGUAUGGUUCGAAACAAGGCAUCAAGCCCGAACACGUCAUUACUACCGUCGCGACCACAGCCGCCAAUUUGACCGUCCUCCAGGGCCUGUUGACUGCGGGAGACCAUGUUAUCUGCAUGUACCCAACAUAUGGGCAGCUCAGCAGACUCCCUAAAACCUGGGGUUGCGAGGUCUCGCCAUGGAAGCUUGAUGCAACCAAGGCAUGGGCAGUGGACCUUGAAGUUCUUCAAGAGCUGAUCAAACCCAAUACCGUGAUGGUCAUCUUGUGCAACCCUGCGAACCCAACUGGUUCGUAUGUUGAUGCAGAGAUACAGACGCGAAUUAUAGACAUUGCCCGGAAACACAACCUCAUAAUUAUGACCGACGAGAUAUUCCGGCCCCUCUUUCAUCAAUCUCUGGAUCAGAAUGUCCCUUCAUUUGUCGAGCAUGACUACGAAAAAGUAGUCGUCACAGGGUCCUUGAGUAAGGUCUGGGGUCUAACUGGAGUGAGAGUCGGAUGGAUAGUCACUAAAGAUCAGUCACUGCUCAAACGGCUUCUCAAUGCACGUCAAUAUACUUAUCAGAUAGGUAGCAUGAUUGACGAAACCAUUGCAGCCGAAGUUUUGAGUGAAAGAUGUCGACCUGCCAUCUUGGCCCGACAUCUUGGAUAUGCCCAAGAAAAUCUUCAAGCUCUACAAGCCUUUGUGGAUAAGAAUUCAGACAUGUGUUCGUGGACGAAGCCGACUGCCGGCUCAACUGCAUUCAUUAAGCUAUCUUUAAAUGGUCAACCGAUUGACGAUGUCGAAUUCUGUAACAGAAUCCUCGACGAAGAUGGUGUUCUACUGAUGCCAGGCAGUCUUUGCUUUCGCGAAGGGGAGGAGACCGAUAUGGGGGGUUAUGUGAGGGUUCACUUUACCCAUUUCCCAGACAAGACGCGCAAGGCCCUGGAUGCGUGGGACAGAUUCCUGGCUAACCAACGGAAAUAG